AUGGCGCAGAAGUCACUCACGUCCAUCGAGUGUGGUAUCUUUGAUACGGCAGCUUUGCAGUUAGAAUUGGCACAAGCUCUCGAGGAUGACCGAGUAUACAAAUUAACGGAUAGCAUGAAAAAGCGUGCUAUCCAUACUGCUGCUAACUAUGACGACUUUAAGAAUCUUGUAGCGUGUGCAAAUCUGAAACCUGUUUCGCAAAAGGAGCUGAGUGUUUUUUCAAGAGCCAAAGGACAAAACUUGAGGAAGAAGAAAAUGGUGCGAAAGACAUAUAGUAACGAGCAACGCUCUCAACCUGCAGCUCCACGCCUAGAUUUACCACCAGCAUGUGCGGUUGAUUUCUGCCGCAAUUGGAAGCGAUAUCUUAAAACGUUUGAAGCGAAACUCAGAUAUCUUCAAGUAACCACUCCGGUCAGACUUGGUGAGAUUUUUAAGGCAGAUAUCGAUUCGGAUUUAGUGGCGGAAAUUGUUGAAGUACUUUUAACCUCAUGGCAUCAAAACUCGCCCAACACGGGCAUCAAGGCACAAGUUACAACUCUGUUUGCUCUGUCGAUCAUGGAAGCAUUGUCCCAAACUAUUCGCUUAUCACUGAUUUUAGACUUUUUCGACAGUCGUCAGACAGAAAAGUUGAAAGAAUUGUUCAAGUUAAUGGAAACUGAUGCCGAAUCUUCUCAGCGAUGCCUUGAGAUGCUGACGACCCUAAAAUCUAAGUUUCGAAUCGAAUAG